AUGACUACCGCUGCUAGACCAACGUUUGAUCCUGCUCGUGGUUAUGAUAGUAAAGCUCCAACUUUACAAUAUAGCUCUCGAGAUCUUGCAGCACAUACUCAGCUUAAGUACAGGCAAACAGGUCAGCUCACAACGGAAGAAAUUGAUAAAAUAGAUCUCAAAGAAGAACUUUUAAAAGCUGAAAGAGAACACUUUGAGAAACUACAAGGGGAAGCUUUUCGUGAUGGCUCCUUCUCUUUCAAUGAAGAUCAAUUGGCUGAAAAGCGUCGAAGAUUUGAAGAUAUAGAUGAGGAAGAUGAUGCUAUAGCUUUACAACUUGAAUUAGAGAAAAUUAGAAAGGAACGUGCAGAAGAAAAAGAACGACAGGAAUUCGAUAAGUUAGAAGCAGAUGAAAGACAAAGGCAAGAAGAGGCAUUAGUCGGAAAUCCCAUUCUUAACAAAGAUUUCAGUGUUAAGAGAAGGUGGGAUGAUGAUGUAAUUUUUAAGAAUCAAGCGCGUGGAGUUGAUGAUAAGCCUAAAAAACGAUUUAUUAAUGAUACUCUGCGAAGUGAUUUCCAUC